UAUAUGAACUUGAAUUUCUACCUCUUUUAUAUGACGAGAGGUUAGCGGGAAAGUGCGGAUUUUUUCUCGCUCCCUCAUGGAAGCUUUCCGAAAGCUUGAGAAAAUUGGAGAAGGAACAUACGGCGUUGUCUAUAAAGCAAAAGAUAUCGAAACAGGACAAACGGUCGCUUUGAAAAAGAUUCGGUUAGAUGCGGAAUCUGAUGGAGUUCCAAGCACAGCAAUAAGGGAAAUUUCUUUACUCAAAGAACUAAAUCACCCAAAUGUGGUGAGAUUGUUGGAUGUGGUUCCCAGUGAAAAGAAGCUCUUCAUGGUGUUUGAGUUCCUUGAUAGAGACCUUAAAAAAUACAUGGACUCAGUACCUGCCGGUGGAAUUUCACUACCUUUAGUCAAGAGCUACCUCUAUCAGUUGUUAAGUGGUAUUGCAUUCUGUCACUCACACCGAAUCCUACACAGAGAUCUAAAGCCACAGAAUCUUCUUAUAGACGCUCAUGGAUCCAUAAAGCUGGCAGAUUUUGGUCUUGCUAGAGCUUUUGGAGUACCAGUUAGAUCUUAUACACAUGAAGUAGUAACCCUGUGGUAUAGGGCACCUGAAAUUCUCUUGGGUUGCCGUUAUUACUCCACCCCCGUAGAUGUGUGGAGUAUUGGAUGUAUAUUUGCCGAAAUGAUAACCAGAAGAGCUCUUUUCCCUGGAGACUCAGAAAUUGAUCAGCUAUAUCGAAUUUUUAGAACAUUAGGAACUCCAGAUGAGAGACUAUGGCCAGGAGUGUCUGAGCUCCCUGAUUAUAAAACAUCUUUUCCCAAAUGGCCUGUGCAAAAUCUUCUCCAAGUUAUUCCUGCUUUAGGUCAAUCAGGUGCUGAUUUAUUACAGCAAAUGCUUAAAUAUGAACCAACAAGUCGCAUAUCAGCCAGGAAUGCUCUAAGUCAUCCUUUCUUUAGUGAUGUAAGAAGAAGUGCACCAAAAUCAUGAACCACUUUCAAGGUUCUCCAUCCUCCCCACUUCCAUAACUAGAGGAUGACAGAAUAACUAUUUAUAACUAAAAAAGUGUUUAUAAAUGUCACACAAACUUGUUCCUGGAGCUCAAUACUCAUGGAACUCACCCAAACAGCAUGGUGGCCAUAGUUUUGUGCUAUUUCAGAUAAGGCACUUUUCUUCUACUCUCAUUACAAUAUGGUCACAAGAACAUCAUUUUAAAAACUGCAGUAGAAAUGCAGUUUCCAUACUUCUUUCUUUACAAGAUGAAUUAGAAUUAUUGCAAAGAAAUGGCUUAGAGUCAGCUAUAUUUUAAAGCCACUUCAAAUGCUGGUGCUUUUAAAUUUACUAUUUUGUGGAAUUUCUGGUCAUUAGCUUUACAUUACUCAUUGUAAAUACUUGUACUUGUGUGCCUGUUGUACUGUAGAUACAUGAUACCUUAAGAUGAAAUGUUUCCAUUGUAUUACUUAAUUUAACGUACUGAUGAAAGGCACUAACAGGAGUGCAAAUAUUUGAAAGAAAAUUGUACAUGUAUGACAACAGAAAUAAUACAUUAUAUAAUUCAAAAAUAAAUAUUUCAAAAUAUAUAAUGUUCAGUUUUUUUCAAACACAAACUUGUGGUCUCUGAAAUAUUUGCUUCUGAGCACUUGACAGUAUUUGUUCCAAAUGACUCCAAGAAUCAGCAUCCAUCCCACUCAAGGCAAGAGUCUUGAAUAAAAUAUACAAAUGCUAGCCAAAAAGUUAUUUUAUUUAAAAACUCUAAAUAUAUUACUGACACGGACAAUUUUUGCAAGUCCUAUACAAUUCUCCACAUAAAAAUAAGCCAUUAACAGAUCUGAAUCUCCUAAAUACUCUCAGUGCUGGCAAUGACUCUAGAUCUCUCAAAACAACCAAGAUUUACUGCAAUCAAGAUCACAAUAGGUAUAUAAAUGUAAUGAAAACUUAACCUUUUCUUUUUUUCUUUUUAAUAAAAGCUAACACGAACAAGAAUUUUGACUGGGAAGGGCAAACUAUCAAACAAAUAAAAAGAAAUACCUUGAUCAAGACAGGUGUUCUUUAGCAAAGAUGUGCAAAUAGUAAAAUACCAAAAGAAGAACAUUCUUUAAUUAAUACCACAAACAAAAAAAACCACAGCCAGAUUAUAACGGCAUUAAUGGCUAAAUAAACAUUCUAGAAAUGUUCCACAGUCUUUUUGUGAUGAGAAUCACAAAUUUAACCAAUAAACCAGAAACAAGAAAUGAGCCACAGUCCAUAAAAUCAGACUGAUGUUACAAAUACUGUCUUGUAUUGCCUUGUUUUCCUCCAAAAAAGGAUUUGGUCACACCUUGUGCUAACACUACUUGCAGUUACAUAUUUCCUUGCAAAAAACCAAGGGAAUUCUACAGAAAAUACAAAAUUAGUUGACAAUAUUGAAAUAUGGUUACAAUGAACUAUCACAGUAGCCGAGUGUAUACUAUAUACACAUGGCAUCUUAUAAUAGCUUUUAAUUACUUUUGAAUUUGAAAUUUGAAGUGCAAAUAAAUACAUUGCAAAGGGUGUUUGACAAGAUACCAGAGAAUGUCAUGUGCAAUCAAACAUUUUAAUGGAAUUUUAUUUCAUGAAUCUGUUCAUUAUGGCAAACAAUGUUUAUUGAGGACAAACUUUGUGAAGAGAGAGAAAUUGUCCACAAUUGCUCUAAAAGCAAAAUCCCACAUAGCUCUUAAGAUGAAAUUAAAUAUACACAUGAAUGUUUCUGUACAUACUCCAUUAACUGCCACACCAUAAUUUUUUUUUGUGACUUAGUGCAGAACUUAUUCAGGGGCUGUGCUGAAUUGAGGGCCUUGCCUGACUAAAUGUCCUCAUAUUUCUUAAAAUGAAUAAGAGUAAAAUAGGAAAAUAUCC